AUUUUUUUAUUUAUGUGUCCUGUGUGUCUGCAUUCAUGCAUGCCACACAUGAUCUGAUGUCCUAAGAGGCAGAAAGGGGGUUCUAAUCCCCUAAAACUGGAGUUACAAUUGGCUGUGAGUUUUAUCAGGUGGUUGGGAACCAAACUGGGGUCCUCUGGAAGAGUAAUGUCUUAGUUCCUUCUCUACCGAUGUGGUAAGAGCCAUGCAUGAUCUUAGGCAACACCAUGGUCAAGAUGACUUAUAAAAGCAAGUACUUAAUUCGGUACUUACAGUUCCAGAGGGUUAGGGUCCACGGCCACCAUGGCAGGGAGCAUGACAACAGUCUGGCAGGCAUGGUGUUGAAGCAGCAGCUGCGAGCUCACAUCUUAAUCCACAAGUGUGAGGCAGAGGGACAGAGACAUUUGGAAUGGAAAGAGCCUUGAAAUCUCAAAGCAAACCCCCAGUGACACACCUGUUCCAACAAGACCACCUCAUAAUCCUUCCCAAACCAGUUGCGGUAACUGGGGACCAUGUAUUCAAAUAUCUGAGCCUGUAGGGACCAUUCUCAUUUAAACUAGCACAGUCAUCAAGGGUUCUCACCCACUAAGUCAUCACUGUAGCCACUACAACAAUCUUAAAAUGUAGAGGGGAAAAAAUUACCUCAUUUUUUGGACUCUACAAGGGACUGCAUUGUUAGAAUGUAAUACUUCUAGUGCUUUGCUAAUUGGAGUGUUGUAGCAAGAGGAAUGAAGAAUCUGAGACGACCUCACACCUACUGAAUUAGCAUCUGCUGAUUCUCACCAAUGUGAAAGUCAUAAUGACCUUAAGAUUCAAGCAACCGUUUUAGUCCAUAGCAUUAAAAAAGGACACAACCCUUAGCUCACUUGAAAAAUGUCUGUAAAGCUCUUAGCACACCCCUGGAAGAAGGGACAUUCUCCGCUCCUUCACAGCAGGCCGUUAGGUCAGCUACUCCUUAAGAUAUUUCCAUAGUUCUAAAUUUAAAGAGGGAUGACUUUUCAAAAGAUUAUCUCAUAUGAACCCCCAGAAUAUUUUGUGUAGCUUCUAAAAUAUAUAGUAUUUUAUUAUAUAUUUGCAAAUUUUAUAGAAUAUAUGAUCAUAUUCAUCUCCCCCCUGAGGUCUGUCCCCCAUAAUCAACUUACUUCCUCUCACUUUCAUGCCCUCCCUUUUAAAAUAAUCCACUGAGUCUAAUUUGUGCUGACUAUAUAUUCCUACCCCUAGGUAUGAGGCUGUCCACAGAAAUUUGAUCAACUAAUCAGGGGACACACCCUUCAAAAUGUCUAUUCCUCCUCCAGAAGUGGGUGGGUGCUCAUGAGUCGCUCCCCAUGCUGUGUUAGAAUGCUGCCUGGAUGGAUCUCAUGCAGGUCUUGUGCAGUACUGUGAGUUCAUGGGUAAAGCAGACUUCAUGAAUGAAGUGGACUUGUUCAGAAAACACCGGUUCACACACGUCUACCCUCUGGUUCUUAUCAUCCUUUCUCUUUCUCUUGCUCAAUAGUCUCUGGAAUUUGAAGGGAAUGAUGCAAACAUUCCAUUUGUGGCUGAGCACUCCGCUGACACUCUGUGCAACAUCUCUGUAAGAUUAUUUAAUUUCCUAAGUGACCAUUCUCCCAAUAGUCAUAAAAUUUAUCUUCAUUGUUAAACCUGGUCACACCCAUGUUCUCGUCUAAAUAACAGCAACAGCAGUAAUAAUGUACAAAUUAUGUAUCUGCAUUUUCUCAAAUGUUAACAAUAGAAUAGUUCAUAAGAUGAGCAAUUAAGUUCGUAGGGGAUCUACAGGUGCUUGCUGAGGAUGGGUUCUGGGAACAGUGUCAAAACAUGAUCACAGUUAAUAAUACUAAACCUCUCCAGGAGAGAUGAGAAGAGCAGUGUCUGUGUUGCUUUGAUGUGUUCUGCCUUGCUUCCAGUGCUGUCUGUUUACAAUGUUCAACACUUUUUAGAAAACCUGCAUCGCGUCUACCUAAUGGUUUUGUCACUGGUAGUUAAGAAUCUUCCGGAAGGAAAGAGGUCAGCUUCAUCGUUUCAGCACUGCGGACAGCUCCAGGGUGUCUGCGGGAAGGGGUGGGGUGGAGUAAAGGGGCGUGGGUAGUGGAAAUGAUCACCAAAUGACUAAGUGACGCAUCAGUCUUCAGUUAAACCAGUACACUUUUCACACCGUUUUUCCUUUGUCUGAUCAAAGGAAACAAAAAUCUAGCGCCUUCUAAUAACCCAGACUGCUGUUUUCACUCAGCGAAAUGCCUUCAGCACAGCUGGGGACAUAGCAGAGGCAAGGAUUUUCGCAAUGAAUUAAUUAAAUCCUCACUACCCUAGGAAGCACAAAUAGUGACUAACCCCGAUUGCUAAGCUUCGGGAUGCGAUGUGAGUGAAAAUGAGCCCUUGCCUCUGCUUUUUCUAACGAACCUGAAGAACAGACCCUGUUGCUGCUGUUAGAGUCCCUUCCCCAUCUCACGUCCCACCUCUUUGCUUUCACAUCUACAUACUCUCAAAUAUUUACACAUUGCCACAUUGGAGAAAGCCACACAUGCACACACAUUUUCCUGCAAACACUCGCGCACAGGUCCUUCCGCGGCUGCCCGUGUACUGUCUCUCCCCCAGACACAGACAUUUACACACAUAGGCCAGGAAAGCGCUACCCACGGUCCUGUGACUCCACGCAGGUCCUCAGAGUACGCCGUUUACACAGAACCGAUCGGCGAGCACAGACAAACCUACCAACAAGUCUACUGGCCGGAAUUCAUUUCCAUGGCAACAAACAUGGAAGGUGAGCCCAUCCAUCCCCGCUGCCUGCGAAGUAACUUUCUCCCCCUUCCUCAGCAUUCACCAACAGGGUUCCAGCGCCAGUCCUCAGAAGGUGUCCUUUUUCUCUUGGAUUUCAGAAACAAGAGAGCCGAGUGGGGGGCAGGGAGAGCCUGUAGGUUUGGUGAGCUCAAAUUUUGAAAAGAAACGAAUGCCUCUGCAGCUGCUGAUGCUGUCAAAAAGAAAAAAGAAAGAAAGAAAAUGUGUUGUGUGCAUACAGAUUGCUGAUGUUUCUCCCAUAAUGUUUUGUAGGGAGUUUCCAUGCUUCCUGCAGCCUAAUAUGUAGAAGACAACUGGCGACAAGACAAGGCGGAGAACCGAUCCCUGCAGGAACACUGAGGAGCCCCCGAGAUGCAGCCGUGAAUGAUGAGUAGCACCUACUGCGGCAAUUCCUCCGCAAAGAUGAGUGUCCACGAGGUCUCCGAAUCCUCCCUGUCUCUGGAGCAAAAGACCGGCUUUGCCUUUGUGGGCAUCCUGUGCAUUUUCUUGGGACUUCUCAUUAUCAGAUGCUUCAAGAUUCUGUUAGACCCAUAUAGUAGCAUGCCCUCUUCUACAUGGGAGGACGAAGUCGAAGAGUUUGAUAAGGGGACCUUUGAGUAUGCACUUGCCUGAGGGUGGUUCCGAUUCGUGCUGUUCCCAGUUUCCAUCGUGACAUGUGACAGACACAUUUGUAACCAGCUUGCCUGUGCUGCUGGAGAGAGGGGCAUUCCAUUCAUGACGUUCAAUAAACAUUUGUGACUGAUUUAUCCACCA